AUGGCGUCAUCUGCGACACGCGAGAAAGCUCUAACAGACGAUGAAAUUAUAAAACUGCUCGAGACAGGUAACUUGAGUUCCUUGUCAGACGAAGAUGAUCCUGUUGUUGAACCUCCAACUCCACGUAAACGAAAUGGUGUGCUUGAAAUUGAAGGAUGCAAUGUGGAUGUUACUCCUGAGGCAUCUGCAUCAGCUUCAUCUUCUCACUGUCGUCCACUAAGAUGGAGGCAAUCUAAGAUGUGUAAACGACAGCCUUCUGAAGACAACUUUGAAGAACAGACUGAUGGUGAACUGAGAAAUCCUUCACAGUUUUUCUUCGAGUACUUCGAUAAAAAUUUCUGGAAACAUGUUGCAGGACAAACUUAUAAAUAUCAUUGCCAAAAGAACUCAACAAGUCUGGAUACAAAUACUAAUGAAAUUUUGUCCCUUGUCGAAACUGAGAUAUUGAUGGGUACAUUGAAAUUGCCCCAGGCAAGACUUUACUGGAAUAUGCAACUGGAUAUUCCACUAGUAUCAUCAACCAUGACAAGAGAUAGAUACUACAAAUUACGAAAUAAUCUGCAUUUUGUAAAUAAUUUGGAAGAUAAUGAUGUAAAUGACAAACUUUGGAAGGUUAGACCUUUAAUUGAUGCUUUUAGAAAUAAAUGUAUUAGUUUACCCAUGUCUCAACACCUUUCUGUGGAUGAACAGAUGAUUCCAUUCACGGGGAGGUCGUCAUCAGAUGGACUUGUCCUUGAUUUUGCUAUAUACACUGGCAAAGGAACAAUUCCUGACAGCGAUAAAAAGGAACAUGGCCUGGGAGUGGGUAUACUCAAACUACUGGUUAGAACUAUACCCAAUGAUUACAAUCAUGUAAUUUACAGUGACAGAUUUUUCACCAGUUCAAAAUCUGUUCAGCUUUUACUAGACAGGAAUAUAUUUCAGACAGGAACUGUGAUCGCCAAUAGAAUAAAAGAAGUAGCUUCUAUGUUCAAGAGAGAUCAGGAGCUGUAG